AAUACUGUGCCUUUGAGAUAGGAGGUAAUCCAAAAUAUUAUAAAAUAAUUCUCUUUCAGAUGUCCAAAAAACGAACACUGCUGUAAUUUCGGCUGUUGCGUGUCCCCGGGUUUCCAGAUAUACCACCUGUGGUACUACUGGCUACUCGUCAUAAUUAUGUUUCUGGUGUGCUCUGGGGGUGGCUGGUGGUACAGGUAUUGGCUGCAAGGACGAUAUCGAGCUGCCGCGUCCGUGAUACCGACCACCACGAGGUCAUCACACACUAGGACCCACAGUAUGCCACAGCGUGGUUCAUUAUGCCAGGGACAGCAGGCCAGUAUCAGUUACAAUUCAUCGAGAAAUACUGUUUUUCUUCAUCGAAUGUGGAAAGGUCCACACAGAGGCAUUCCUGCCUCGCCCCCGUACACCUCGACCCCAGCCACCCACUCCACCCCCUACCACCCCCCAAACAUAGUCCUGAAUGAUUUAAACUGUCCCUAUUACCAGCUCUACGGUCCACCCCCCAGCUACGACACAGUGAUAGCCCAAUCCCGUGUUAAAAACAAUCCCCUUUCCCUUCCUCUACCGCCCCCACAGCAAACCGAUAAUUCCCGAACUGCUCAACCCUGCACCCACCAUCCCUACAGUGGCCAUCAACUCCACACCUGUGAUUACUAUCAAUCACGUGACAGCCACAACUGCCAGCAUCACUGCAGCCAUGAAGACGAUGCAUCAGCAACGGAAUUAAAUACACCAUUACCACAAUUGAAUUCCUCAAUCAAUGAGAGAUCAUCAUCAGUGAUUAAUCCAUCCGACAAUGUGAUAUUAGAUGCGCUUAACAAUCAUUCGAUUCAGUAUAAUUUACGUGGUAUAGCUCAAACUAAUGACCAACGACCCUCGACGUCCACCGACAGUCGAGGAUUUUUUCAUUUUGAUAUUUCAAAGCACAAGGGGGCGAUUGGAAGGUCCAAGUCACUUGAUUAAGUCAUUUUACUUUUCGGGAGAUCUGUUUGAUGAGAUUAAGAAUGAAUUUCGCGAAGUGUUACCGGAGUUAAUUAGGGAUAAUUGGGGUGAAUUUUUCAUCUAAACCCACUCCCUCCCGAUAUAUUCGCUAUACAAUGGCAGCCACAUGAGUAAUAUUAAUUUUACGUAAAUGAUUGACUCCAGGGCACUAAUUGAUUCUUCAAUUAACUAAUGCUUGAAAGUAAAAUAAUCCAUCAACUCACUGACUAUCAGAGUCAACGAGCUCGUCAUACACUUCCGAAUUUAUAAAUCCAAAAAUCAAUUGAUUUCCAUUUUCUAUUAAUCAAUCAAUUAAUGAAUCAAUUCAAAAUUGAAUGGAUCUUCAUGAAUUUAUAAAAAAAAAUAAUUGUCGUAGUCGCACAGCUGUAUUACCGCCAAUAAGCCGACCAAUCAUAACUAUUGGCAAUUGGUGUGAAAUAACUAUGUCACACUGAUUAACAUAUCGUUCUAAACACGUGCCAAUAAAAUAAUUAACUAAAAAUAUUUUAAAAAAUGCCUGCAGAAAACAGAAAUAUCAAAGGAUUUAAAUUACAAACUCGCAUGAGAGUCGAUGGAGAACUUGCAUAGCUUUUUGUUUUUUUUUUCAUUUAUAAAUAUAAAUUACUUCGGGUAUAUCUCACAUUAUAUUUCAGCAUGGGACAGACGAUUCCAAUUAAAAAAAAAAAAACAAGAGUAUAGGGAUAAGACAACAGAAUGUCAUGCAAGUUCUCCAUUCUCUUGAACCCUUAAAAAUAUAAUCUUACGACCUGUCCGAUUGAAUCACUAAUUAAGGAUAAAAUUGAUGUAUAAACAAAUCAAUCUAAGAGAAAAUUUAUUUUUUACUAUCGAAAAAAAAAUCUAAACACUAGAAGAACAAAUUGCGAAUCGAAGAUCAUUAUUUCGUCUCUCAGUGUAAUCAUGUCAUUUGUUCUACAUUAUCUACCUAACAGAUUGUAAUUGUGGAUGGAUAAUAGUGAAUAAAUAAAGAAUAAAGAAAGUGAAAGAAAUAA